AUGUUACCUGAAGGUUGUGUCUCUCUAAUUCUCUCCUUCACAUCUCCGCUUGACGCUUGCAGAUCAUCGCUGGUAUCAUCCACCUUUCAAUCAGCUAUGGAGUCUGAUGCUGUGUGGGAAAGAUUUCUGCCAUCAGAUUAUCGUGACAUUCUCUCAAGAGCUGUCACUCCGUUGAAGUUCUCUUCAAAGAAAGAGCUUUUUUUUCAUCUAUGCAACCCAAUUCUCAUGGAUGCUGGGAAAAAGAGCUUCAAGUUAGAGAAAUCGUCUGGCAAAAUAUCCUAUACAUUGUCUGCACGAGAACUUUCAAUCAUGUGGAGUGAUGUUCCAACUUACUGGAGCUGGAUGCCAACAAUUGAAUCAAGAUUUUUAGAGGUGACUGUACUCAGAACAACCUGGUGGCUAGAAAUACAAGGAAAAAUCAGAACUCAAAUGCUAUCACCAAACACAAAAUAUGGGGCUUAUCUUAUAAUGAAGAUCUCUGACCGUGCCUAUGGGCUAGAUUCAAUACCCUCAGAAAUAUCAGUAGAAGUGGGGAAUCAAGUAUCAUCCAACAUAGCUUAUCUACAUGGCCAGCAUAGCAAGAAACAACCAACAAUGUGUCUAGAUAACACGAAUCACACACAAAUGGUGGAAACAAGGCUGAAAGAUAAGCAUUUUACAAUGCCAAGAAAAAGAGAAGAUUCAUGGAGUGAAAUUGAAUUGGGAGAAUUUUUUAGUGGUGACAGUGAUGAGGAGGUGAAGAUGACAUUGAUGGAGGUGAAAGGAUGUCAACUAAAAGGAGGGCUAGUAAUUAAUGCCAUUGAAGUAAGACCCAAAUAAUAAUGAAAACAAAAAUGACAAUUUUGUGUGUGUUUGACAA